CGUGACGCAGUUAAAAAGCUAAUCCCACUCAGAAAGUACAAGAACAGGACAACCAAAAUAAUAACAACCAACCAGCAUAAAAAAAAAAGAGCCACAAAUAAAUAAACUCAGCAGCAGCAACAGCAGAGUGUGUAAGUGUGCGAAAGUCCAAGUACAAGUGCCAAGCCCACACAAACACACAUUCAGCCCAACCCAAGCCAAAAAGAGGAAAAGAACGCCCACAAUGACAAUGAAAGCCGCAAGGAAUCAGGUAUAUGGACCCAAAGUGCUUAUAUGGCUGCUGCUCUUACUCCUGGCGAUGCCACCGCAAAUGGUGGAUGGACGUUACCUGCCGACAAGGUCACAUGGCGACGAUUUGGACAAGUUGCGUGAACUGAUGCUUCAGAUUUUGGAGUUAAGCAAUGAGGACCCACAGCAACAACAACAACAACAGCAACAACAGCCGCUGCAACAACAACAACAACACCCACUUUUACGUCUGCACAAUGAGGGCAACAAUCCACUACUAGCAAACUCUCAACGUGGAUCCAAUUCCAAUGCCGCCUGGCUACAGAAGCUUAGCGCAAUGGGAGCCCUGGAUGAGCAAGGCGGUGGCUAUGGGCGUUACUAGAGACCCAGAUGAUAUACAUACAUAUAUACAUGUAUAUGAUUGUAACCAAAAUGGAAAUGCUGACGACAACUGAAAAUUAGAAAUGGUAAUGAGAUUUUGAAAUUAUACGCUUUAAAAUAAUUCAAAGAGAGACAAACAAAACAAAAUACUUCAAAUUCAGCGUAAAUUUGCCAUACAUUUUUCAGAUUCAGUUCAAAUUUGUUUUGACUUAAUGAAUCGCAAGAAAAACAAAAAAAACAAUGUUAAAUUGGUUUCACUUUCAUGUUGGACCUCCAAAAAAGUAGGCUACAUUAAAAUGUGCAACUAGAACAAGGCAGAGCAAAAAAAUGGAUAAUAAAUCUAAAAUAAUAUGAUGCUCAUAAUGUUUAAUAAAUUGUCUUAAAAUAUUUUUUUUUGUAUGACCCUUUUUUUAUAAAUUUUAUCACACUUAGUUAAUAAUAAGGCCUAUUCAAGUUAAUGUGAAAGUUUUUGGGAAUAUAAACUUAAAUUGAUUAAUCAAAAUAAAUGCAAAGUCAAACAUCAAUAAUUUUUAGCAAUUUUGAGGUCAAAAGAGCGUAACUAAAUUAUGAUUUUGAUUCAAAAAAUAUUUGUUUAGACCUAAAAACCACGUUUUGGCCUUAUUUUUAAAGCAGAUAAACGAUGGCUUUUUGACUUUAACUGAACAUGAGUAUAUUUAUGGCUUAAUUUCAAAACCCAUUACCAUUUCCAAACAAAAAAAAAAACGUAAAACACUUAAAACUCAACAGUUUUAAAUUGCUUAUUGCAAAACUGAACUCCACGGACUAAGGAAGUUCCUAUAUUAGCACAAUAAUUUUUGAAUAAUUCAAACUAAGAAAAUUGUAACUAUUUAUGUGUAUGUGUAUGAACCGAUAUAUAUAUACCUAUAUGUACCUAUAUGUAAACUAUAUGUGAGAGUCACACCCAACAAAUAAUCCCUCCCCCCAAAAUUUUAUCCUCUUCUUCGUUUACUAUUAAUGGAGAAAAUUCGUCUUCUUUUGCCUGGUUAAAGUAAAUCAAAACGAGCAGCAAAAACUCAACAACUAAAAAAUAAAG